GGUGGGUGAGGGGAGAUGCAAGCCAAGUCUAUCACGCUGUUCGAGAGUGAUCGACUUAGGCUGCGCAGCAAUAAUAAUCUUUUCUCUGGGCUUGAAACUGCCAAUCAAGUAGAGCUGACUCGCUGGGACGCAAGCUGGCUCUCCACCCACGGGGCCGGCCUCAGGGAAGCCCCUCCCACGGGGCCUUCGGAGAGGCAGUUCCCCCCACGGCCUCCCGGGGGCGCUGCGGGGGGGGGGCCCUGGAGUGCGGCGCUGGGGCCGCCCGCCACGCUCACUCGCUCGCACUCACUCGCGGGAGGCUUCCCCGCGCCGGCCGCGUCCCGCCCGCUCCCCGGCACCAGAAGUUCCCCUGUGAGUCCCACGGCGACAUGGGCGUCCCCACGGCCCCGGAGGCCGGCAGCUGCCGCUGGCGCUGGGUAUUCCUGCUCUUUGCUCUCUUCCUGGCUGCGUCCCGAGGAAGUUGCCUCCAGGGCUGAACAUCCCUUCCCCACUGCUGCGGGUGCUACGGGUACAAUCCGGGGGUCAUUAGACCCUGAUGGCUCCCAGCCUGGUGCCCUGCCCCACCUUGCUCACAGGGACACAGGUCCGGUGGCAGCCUUCAAGGUCGCCACGCCGUAUUCCCUGUACGUUUGUCCCGAGGGGCAGAACGUCACCCUCACCUGCAGGCUUUUGGGCCCUGUGGACAAAGGGCAUGAUGUGACCUUCUACAAGACGUGGUACCGCAGCUCGAGGGGCGAGGUGCAGACCUGCUCAGAGCGCCGGCCCAUCCGCAACCUCACGUUCCAGGACCUUCACCUGCACCACGGAGGUCACCAGGCUGCCAACACCAGCCAUGACCUGGCCCAGCGCCAUGGGCUGGAGUCGGCCUCUGACCACCACGGCAACUUCUCCAUCACCAUGCACAACUUGACCCUGCUGGACAAUGGCCUCUACUGCUGCCUGGUGGUGGAGAUCAGGCACCACCACUGGGAGCACAGGGUUCACGGUGCCAUGGAGCUGCAGGUGCAGACAGGCAAAGACGCACCAUCCAACUGCAUGGCGUACCCAUCCUCCUCCCAGGAGAGUGAAAACAUCACGGCUGCAGCCCUGGCUACGGGUGCCUGCAUUGUCGGAAUCCUCUGCCUCCCCCUCAUCCUGCUCCUGGUCUACAAGCAAAGGCAGGCGGCCUCCAACCGCCGUGCCCAGGAGCUGGUGCGGAUGGACAGCAACACUCAAGGGAUAGAAAACCCUGGCUUUGAGGCCUCAUCACCCACCCAGGGAAUACCCGAAGUCAAGGUCAGGCACCCGCUGUCCUAUGUGGCCCAGCGGCAGCCUUCGGAGUCUGGGCGGCAUCUGCUUUCGGAGCCUGGCACCCCCCUGUCUCCUCCUGGUCCCGGGGACGUCUUCUUCCCAUCCCUGGACCCUGUCCCUGACUCCCCAAACUUUGAGGUCAUCUAGACCAGCUGGGGGACAGUGGGCCAUUGUGACUGGGUCUGGGGCAGGUGGUUCGAGCCAGAGCUGGCUCUGUGAGUGGCCUCCUUGGCCUUGGGCCUGGUUCCCUCCCUCCUGCUCUAGGCCCAGAUGCUGCGACAUCCCAGAAGCCCAGACCCUCAACCCCUCUGGAUGCUACAUGGGGAUGUUGGAUGGCUCAGCCCCUGUUCCAAGGAUGUUGGUGUGCUGAGAUUCUCCCCUACAGACAUGAAAUUCACCAGCUACAGAUGCCAAAUGACUUACAUCCUAAGAAGUCUAGAAGGUCCAGCCUUGCAGCAGCCUCUCACUCUGAGACAUGAGCCUUGGGAUGUAGCAGCAUCAAUGGGACGAAAUGGACACUGGGCCACCCUCCCAGGCAUGAGACACAGGACAUGGGUGGAGAGACUCCUUCCCCAUGGCUGCCUUGGCUCCCCCAUCUUGUCUGAGGCUGCUCUUCAGUCAGACUCCCUCUGUGUACCAUGGUGGCUCUGGGACCAGGCCUGCCUGACCAGUGGCCAUUGCCACCUUCCCCAGCUGCCUCCUACCAGCAGUUUCUCUGAUGACCUGUCAACAGGUUAGCCAAUCUGGGGCUUCCACUGCCUGCAUUCCGGUCCCCAGAGCUCAGUGGUCCUAAAACAGGAAGUACAUCUUGGGGCAUGGUGGCUACUGUGAGCAAAUGGUGUCUUGGGCAAUCUGAGGCCAGGCCAGAUGUUGCAUCACUCACCGGAGAUGGCGGUGAGGGAGGUGGGUGGGGCCUUCUAGGAAGGUGAGAGUAGGGGGCACCUGUCCCCGCCCUCCCCAUCCCCUAUUCUUGCUGUUCAUUGUGGGCCAUAGCAAGGGUGCCACAGAAUAUCUUGUCCACCCUGGGACACGUCUGAGUUUGAAGUGGGAUGCUAUUAAAAACUACAUGGGGCAACA